ACGUGAUCUGACAUCUCCCCUUGAUUGCUCGCCGAGUCGCCGCAAGGUCGGAUAUUCCUGGGCUACCCACUGGCCGAUUAUUCUGGGUGUCACCCAAUGAACAAUUGGUUUUGCAGGCGACCAUGAGACCUUGGCAAGAUCUACGAUGGUCGUUAUUUCCAGGCUUUCGACCUACCUAUGAUAAACUACAUGACGAAGAGCGUCUGGAUCACGAAUCCGACUCCGGGUCAAAUCAGCGACAUGAAAGCUCUUGUAAUGCAUGGCCGACGAAAGCAACCGGAUGGCUUGUCUUAUUGGUGGUCAACUUGGCAAUUGUCCUGCUACUGCUGCAUACUUUGGAGCCUUUGAUCACUCUGCUCCGCCUGAAUGAGCAACUUUUCAGCCCUAGAGUCACGUUGCCAAGCCCUAGUAUCCUAUCUCAUGGAAAUGGAACAGCUCGGUCGAGUCGGAUUCCUCUGAUUCUACACCAGACGACCGCAACCGAAGAAAUUCCAGAACGUUGGAUUCAGCCGCAGAAAAGUUGCAAGAAAGCUUAUUCGGAAUUUGAGUAUAAGCUAUGGACUGACGAAUCAGCGCGCAACUUUCUGUCCGAGCACUACUCAUGGUUCAUACCACUCUGGGACAAUUAUGCAUUCCCAAUCCAACGGGCCGACUCGAUUCGCUAUUUUGUAUUAUAUCACUAUGGAGGUAUCUACCUAGACAUGGAUACAGUGUGCAACAACACUCUUCCUCUGCACAGACUUGGAUCCCCUAAAGUGAAAGACUAUGCUCUGUUCAAAUCAACACAUCCCACGGGUAUCACAAAUGACCUCCUGGUCGCGUCUGCGAGACACCCUAUCUACGCAUCGGCAAUCUCAAAACUACCCGCCUACAAUGCAUUGACUCGAAGCUGGGCUCGACUGCAACCAUACUGUGCUAUCAUGAUAUCUGCCGGACCGUUGUUUCUAACCAUGGUAGUGAAGGACUACUUACUUGAAUCUAGUGCACUUCAUUCAAAGGCCGCGGGGGUCGUCAAUCAAACCGAGUUGGCCCCUUACAUCACUGAUCUUCAGAGCAACUCGUGGCACCGAGCAGAUGCACAAAUGCUCAUGUGGAUUGGAGAACGACCGUGGUUAUGGUUCACUAUGGGAACGUUUGUCCUCCUGGCAGGUCUUUACGUUGUCGAUCGUCUGUUACUGCUUUUCUAUAGUCAUUUUCGGAAAGUUCCAUCGGAUAUCUAUGGUACCAAGUUGGAUAAGGAGGCAUAA